CUUUAGAUGAUGGUGUUCAUGAUCAUGUGACAAUGAUGAGCCUGAACAUGUUGGAUUUAUAUAUAAAGUGUUAUGAUGUUGUUCCAGGCUCCAGCAAAGUAAUCCAUCAUGGCCGACCUGGACAAUAAGGAGCAGACUGAGCUGGAUCAGGCUGAUAUGGAGGAUGUAGAGGAAGUGGAAGAGGAGGAGACUGGAGAGGACAGCAAAGCUCGACAGCUGACAGUUCAGAUGAUGCAGAAUCCCCAGAUUCUUGCGGCGCUACAGGAGAGACUUGAUGGACUUGUGGGUUCACCUUCAGGAUACAUGGAGAGUCUGCCGCGGGUGGUGAAGCGGAGAGUGAACGCUUUGAAGAACCUGCAGGUGAAAUGUGCUCAUAUUGAGGCCAAGUUCUACGAGGAAGUGCAUGAGCUGGAAAGGAAGUAUGCUGCACUUUACCAACCUCUCUAUGACAAGCGGAGUGACAUCAUCAAGGCAGCGUAUGAACCCACUGAGGAGGAGUGUGAAUGGAAACAGGCUGAGGAUGAAGAACUCUCAGUGCCACAGGGUGAACUGAAGGACAAAGUGAAGGUAGAAGAGGAGAAGAAGGAUGAAGAGAAGGAGGACCCUAAAGGAAUUCCUGAGUUCUGGCUGACAGUGUUUAAGAACGUCGACCUGCUCAGUGAGAUGCUACAGGAGCAUGAUGAGCCCAUUCUCAAACACCUACAGGACAUCAAGGUCAAGUUCUCAGAUGCAGGCCAGCCCAUGAGUUUUACGUUAGAGUUCCACUUUGAGCAGAACGACUUUUUCUCCAACACGGUUCUCACUAAGACCUACAAGAUGAGAUCAGAACCCGAUGAGUCUGACCCCUUCUCUUUUGAUGGUCCUGAGAUCAUGGGCUGCACUGGGUGCAACAUUGACUGGACCAAGGGCAAAAAUGUUACAUUGAAGACCAUAAAGAAGAAGCAAAAGCAUAAGGGCAGAGGGACGGUGAGGACGGUCACCAAGACUGUCCCUAAUGACUCCUUCUUUAACUUCUUCUCCCCUCCUGAAGUACCAGAGUCUGGUGAACUGGAUGAGGACUCUGAGGCUAUUUUGGCGGCGGACUUUGAGAUCGGUCACUUUAUUCGUGAGCACAUUGUGCCACGUGCCGUGCUUUACUUCACUGGAGAGGCCAUUGAGGAUGAUGAUGAUGACUAUGAUGAGGAAGGAGAGGAGGCUGAUGAUGAGGAGGGAGAGGAAGAGGCAGAUGAGGAAAAUGAUCCAGAUUAUGACCCCAAGGUUUAAAUGGUGUGUUUGUAUAGAAUAACACAAGCCCUGAAGGAUGCAGUCCCCCCAGCCGAGUGUAAACAGCAGUGAUGAGCGCACACUGCACUGUGAUGGUGUAAAAUCCCCUCCUGGUUUUGCAGCCUUAUGUUUUGUAUUUCUUUAUUGGUAGAUUAUCAUAAUUUUACACACACACAUACAUACACACACACACAUGUACAGCAGCUGUGGCUCACUUGCCUGUAACCCGAAUCCCCCUUGACCUCAACACCACACACCCCCCUCUACAUGCUGGAACAUUCCAGAAACAUGACAACACCAGCUCGGGCUCCCUGCCUCUGAUUGGCUGAUUUCUGACCUGUCCCAGGAAGUCCUUGGCUGGGUCAGGAUUUGGUUUGGAUUUUUAAAUGUUCUGCUCACUAAUUGGCUAAAUCUUGGUCAGUCAUUCCAGUUUAGUGAGAGAACUGACUCCGAUCCCACCUGGGGCAUUUUCAGCCUGGUAUUAGCCUUAACACAGCCCCUGUGUUGGAGGAGCUGUAUAAUCCUGACAUCUUGUAAUUCCAUUACAGAUAACUGCCCCAUGCAUGUCCUUUUUAUUAAAAACAAUUUUUUUUAAAUAAAAUAGCAGCACUUUGGGGUAGUUGUUUGUUCUGAAUUUUUCUGCUCUGUGAUUGGCUGAAUCAUGACUCUUUCUUGUGUCCCUGGAAAAUAUGUUGAGGGCUCGGAGUCUUAACCCUUGUUUUCUGGUUGGCUAAAUCCUGACUUCCUGAUAGGACAGGUGUAGGUUAAGCUCCGCCCACACGGUUGCCUUAUUGUCUGUAGUAGCGGUUCUUCCAGUCAGCCAUGUGAUGGUUUCUGCUCCCAGAUGUGAUGGGUUCUGCUCCCAGAUGCUUUGUUUUUGUAGCACUUUAAUAGUCAGGUUAGAAAGCAUAGCUGUGCUGAGUCAUGACUUGCUCUUGCUGUAUGGUGUGGAUUAGCUUGUCAUCAUUCUGUAAACUGUUCUGAUCAGCUGAAUUCCAGUCUAGUGUGGAUUUGGCUUUGCUCACACAGCAACCAGAACCUUUCACACACAGCAUGGUGAGAGGUUUGGUUCUAAACUCAAGCUGAUUUGUUUGACCCUCAAGUAGCGCAGCAUUUAAUAGGUUUUAUUUUAUUGUAGCACUUCGGCAUCCAAAUUAACAUCUGUGUUAAGUGUAGGUGAGGACCGCCUCAACUUUUUCACCCUGACAUUGGCCUGUCCAUAAAGAGCUUAACUCCACCCACUCCAACUUGGACCAAUGACAGGAGCAGUUUAGCAUUGUGACUCUGGGGUGUGUGUGUGAGAGUGAGAUGCAGCUGUUGAGUCCUCCAUGUUACAGAUGUACUAAUGUACUCAGAUGUUUACUCAUCUAAUAAACCAGUUCUAUGUGCACCA